GGCAGAGAGAAGCCCCGCCCACAGCAUGUCCCGGGCAGAAACUCCCGUCUGUGCAGAGGGGGAUGGUGCCUUACUUACUACUAAACAUGGCUUUCUUGAAGAAAUCUCUUUUCCUUGUACUAUUCCUUGGAUUAGUCUCACUGUCAUUCUGUGAAGAAGAGAAAAGAGAGGAAGAAGAAGAGAAGAAAAGAGAUGGUAGCGAGGUGGAAGAAAAGAGAUUGUUGCCAGAUUUUUGGUUAGGUCAUCGUGAUGAAGAGAAGAGAUUGUUGCCAGAUUUUUGGUUAGGUCGUCGUGAUGAAGAGAAGAGAGUUUUUCCAUGGUUAGGUCGUCAUCAGGCCCGUCAGACCGGCAAAUCAAGCAAUUGCUUGGGGUCCCGAGCUGGCUGGGGGGCGCCGAGCAGAGCCGGUGCUUGCCCGUCCUGUAGCUAUGGGGCACUUCGGGAUGGGCCGCACAUUUCAAUGAAAUUACCUUUUUGUAUAAAGCGUGAGGUGAAAAAUUAAAACCGGCACCGGACAGGUCAGGGGCUGAUUGGAGUAGAGACGUCACGUGCCCCGCGCAGGCACGCACGUCUACGCCAAUCACCUGACCUGUCCCUGCUUGCAUCCCCACGCGAACCUCCAGAAUCCUCCGUGCAGUGACAGGAGCAGCAGCAGACUCACGCUGCUGCAACGAUCCCC